AUGGCAGUCUUAUUCCCGCGGAAGAUACUCUGGUACGCCUAAAGUUUUGUCGCCUCAAGAGAUUCCUAUUUUCAAACCAUCUGAAAAUACAUCUUCCUUGAGUGAUUUAGUAAAUUGCGAGCACGUCCAUAUUUGGAAGACAGUCUUAUUGUCUAAAAUUAGGCUUUGUCACGUGAUUUUCAGGCGAAGAGAAAAUUAAGAAUAAUGGCAGCGUUGUAGUCCCUUGCGAAUUUAAGGACGAAAGAUCCCUUCACACCAUCGUCAUGGAAUGAGUGAGUCUUACGUGUUCUCACAACGGCAUUGCGACAUCAUAAACACGGCUCCUGGUUCACCACGAAAGACAAAGUUGCUGCGCAAGUUGAGACCGACUUGAGAGCAGACGACAUCAUGGCCGGCUGUGAAGAAAGCUGUGGAUUUUACUUUGUCUUUGCCCUUGUGACAUUUUUCGUGUGGAUGGACCUAAGCUUUUUCGAUGAAUUAGCAGAACAUGGUUCAUUCUACAACGAUUCAAUGGCAGAACACAUGAUGUUCCCAGUGAAAACGGUCAAAAUUCGGAUGCAGGACCAUACGGAUCAUUACGUCAAUGUUCCUUCCAUGCAAUUUUUAAACGAGAAUACGGGCUUGCACACUGUUCCCGGAGUUACUCCCAAUCUUAUCAGUGGAAUCCAUCUCUUUUUGGCUGUUAUGGCAGCGAAGUGCUUUAUUUCAGGUUCCCUUGCCAUUCGUAGGCUUGGAGUUCUUUUUUAUCAACUUCGCUGUGCGUUGGAUAUUUUAGACGGUGUUGUCUUUCGUGCGCAACAAAAUAUUAGAGGCAAUUUUAUGUCCGUUUGGGGAUCGAUGGGUUAUUUAAUCGACGCUUUCGCUGAUAUGGUGGGUGGUUUGUUGGUCGGGUUAGCAUGUGCUGUAUUUCUGAACCGUUAUCCACCUUGGAAACGGGUUAGGACAAAGCCCCACGAUGAAUUAGAGUCGGGAAGAAAGACUGUGAGUUUUCAAACCGAAGAAGAGGAGCGUUAUGUCCAUGUUAGUCGGCGUUCUGUAAAUAUCAAAAUGUUCCUCGUUAUUGCUCAAAUUGUUGCUAGGAGUGGAUUCUGGGAUCAUUACUUACAUUCCUAUGUGGAAUUAUUGGAGACACCUAACCCCGAUAUUCCCAGAGAGCUACAGGCGGAAGUGCUUAGUUAUCGCAGUACAUGGGUGAUCAUGUGGCUGUGGAAAGUGUCCAGUGCUGAUGCCUUUUUGCAAUUUACAAGCCUGGCAAUCCUGUUUGAUAAGUUAUGGGUUUGGGUGCAGAUCCUAAAUUACUUUGGGCCCCUUGAGCUUGCCUUCGUUAUUGUUCUCUCUCAAUUGCAUUUAAUGGAGGUAAGAGCAUACUUGCUUGGAACAUGAAGCUUUUUUGAACCACAUUGCAUAUUGUUCCUUAUUGGAGCUUAAUUAAUUUCAUUUUAUUUUUAGACAUUGUUAAUGUUUAAUGGACCACAUGCUAAAGAGUGGAUCAAUAACAGUUACUGAAAUAGAAGGAUGUUAGCUUUUUCAACACCAGGGUUUAUAUUUCUCAGAAAUGAUGUUAAUUAAAUAGGGAAUAGCUCACUGCUCAGGUUUAAUGUGAUCCCAAAUGUUUAAAUGGUUGCUUACAUCUCAAUCUGAGUUAUAAUUGUGCUUAGGUUCAGAUUAAGUUGUGAAUGUACAUUUUCCUUAGCUAUGUUCAUAGAAUGAAAAUUGCUAUCCUUUGCUAACAGUAACUGGCUAACCUAACAUCAACUUAAAAGAUAAAAAUUUCUGUUAAUUUACACAAAAGGCAAAUGGUUCUCUUUUCCACUUCUCAUCAUAAAGUGGUGCAUGGAUUCUCAACCCUGCACUUCCAAGAUACUUUACCUUCAAAUAUUUUAUAGGAUAUGAUAUGAUGAGGUACAACUGUGUUCAUUUUUCACUAAAGAAACAUUUAAAUGAAAAUAGGUGUCAAAUCAAGAGCAAAAUUUUUGGUCAAAAAUCCAAAGAAACUAAAAGCAGAUUUUCCUUUCAGUUGUGUUCAAAUUAUUUUGGGAUUGUAUUAUUAACACAAACUACUACAAGUUAAAAUCAGAGUUCCACUAAUCAGCAUUAAUUACAUUUUUGUCUUUAUUAUUUUCAGUACAAUUUUAAUUCAGAUUUAUCUUAUGGAUCACUAGUGACAUGAUUAAUACUAUUGAUGAUAUAUAUUAGCACAUUUUCUUCACUUCUCAGUCCUAACUUGCUGUAUCACAAAAGAGUCGAAAAACAAAGAGAUGUUUAUGGAGAAUUAUUUAAAAUAUUUUCAUACUAUUUUUUAUCUAUUUAUCACCACAAUUGCUGAGGAGAAAUUAUCACUGUUAGAUAACUUACUCCUUUUAAAAGGUUCAAAGGAAGAGAGACCACAUUGUAUAUACAGAAUUUACAUCUAUAUAAUGUACAAUGUUUCUGUUAUAAUGAAGAUCCCUACCUAAUAAAAACAUGUAAUUGGUGAAUUUUUAAAUGCGUAAGAUUAUGGCAAAAGCCUUAGUUUCAUAAGUGUAUGGGUGUACUUAGGAGAGAUGGAAAUUGAUUUUUCAAACUAGUUGCAAGAUUUUGUUCAAGAUUUAAGAAGUGCCAUAGCUACUGAUCUUCCCUUAGUGUUACAACAGUAUGCUUUGUUGUCAAUGUUAUCUCUUUCACAUGGAAACCUUGUUUCCUUUAGAUUUCUUUGCAUAUGAAAGGUGAAGGACUAAGGACCACUUAAGAUGAGUAAAAUCAUUCUUAUUGCCUCUCAAUUAGUAUGUUUAUUAUGAGAGUGAUUAAUUUAAUUGCCAUAAUGAUGCUGACUUCAAAUAAAGACUUUGAAAGAAGUAAUAAAGUGAAAGUAGGAUAUUA